UGUGUUUGAGGUUGGAGAACUCACGCCUCGGGGCGGCGCGGGAGCUACACGGUGGAGCGAGGUGGCUGAGGGCCAGUACUCUUGGCCAGAUCAGACAUUUUGUAACGAUGCCGGAAAUACAUACUGACCAUCUCGAUGAGCAACAGGUUCAACUUCUGGCAGAGAUGUGUAUUCUUAAUGAUGAAAAUGACAAUAAAAUUGGGGCUGAGACCAAGAAGAACUGUCACCUGAAUGAAAACAUUGAGAAAGGGCUAUUGCACCGAGCUUUUAGUGUCUUCUUAUUCAAUACUGAAAAUAAGCUCCUGCUACAGCAGAGAUCAGAUGCUAAAAUUACCUUUCCAGGUUGUUUUACCAAUACUUGUUGUAGUCAUCCGUUAAGUAACCCACAAGAACUUGAAGAAAAUGAUGCCAUUGGAGUAAGAAGGGCGGCACAGAGGCGUUUAAAAGCUGAACUAGGAAUUCCUAUGGAAGAGGUUCCUCCAGAAGAAAUAAAUUAUCUAACACGAAUUCACUACAAAGCUCAAUCUGAUGGCAUUUGGGGUGAACAUGAAAUUGAUUACAUUUUAUUUGUGAGGAAGAAUGUAACUUUGAACCCAGAUCCCAAUGAGAUUAAAAGCUAUUGUUACGUGACAAAAGAAGAACUGGAAGAACUUCUGAAAAAAGCAGCCAGUGGUGAAAUUAAGAUAACUCCAUGGUUUCAAAUUAUUGCAGAGACUUUCCUCUUUAAAUGGUGGGAUAACUUAAGUCAUUUGAAUCAGUUUGUUGACCAUGAGAAAAUACAUAGAAUGUGAAUGUACAGAUGAAUGACUGUUGAAUAUUUUCUCUAUGUAGUAAACUUAGAAUGUUUCUGUUUGUUUUAAA